AUGGGCAUUUGUUCAGGCAAAUCUUCAGUUCAAGUAGCCAAUUCACAAAUGCCAGCGAUUCAUGAGGUAAGCGAAGACGACUAUUUUAUGAUGGAAAUCGACUCCCGUGAAAAAAUAGCUAAGUUAAAAGAAAAAUUUCCAAAUUUCACAGUCACGGAUAUCAAGAUGGUAAAGAAGCCAGACGACGAAGGAUCUCCUCACAAUCAUGUCGUUCUAGAUUUAAAGUUUGAGGAAGACUUAGUACCACCAAAAAUUGUAAAGAUGUUUAUUGAAUUUUUCAAAACAAAAUUUAUUAUAUCUAUCGGGAAAAUUAACUAUAUAAACCAACGCUGCAAUUUAAUUGCGGCUAAACUACUCAAAGAUUUGCUUCCAGAGCCUGGACAAGUAUUUAGAGGAAAGCUCCACAGUAUACUAGAUUGGGUUUUUGAAAAUAAAACAAGGCAUAUGAUAGCAAAUUCAAAUUCAGCAGAUAAAGACUUUGGAGCGAUUUUUUUUAAUCAUCUUAUGAGUUUGUUUACUCCUUCUUGGUUAAUAGGUGUUUUCUUGUUAAUUGAGUGAAUGCAAUUUUAUUUUAAAAAAAUUCAGUUAAAGGAAAGAUGCAACUUAGUAAAGAAACUUAUGUUUUAGGACAUAAGCUGUCGAAAAUUUUGGAGACUGAUUCUAAUCAUGAAUUAUAUAAAAAUUAUGUAUAUAAAAAAAUCUAUAUUAAAAAUUUUUUGGUCACUAAUGAAGAGAAAUAAAUAUUUCCUAAAAAUAGGAUUAUUGGUCUUUAACUAAGGAGGAGAGAUAGACCAAAACCGAUUAAAUAA